AUGCAUUUUUCAAUUUCACUAAGGGAGCAAGCACUGAGUGGCGGCGUUGAUCCAUCCGCAGCGAGGGAGAGAGAGAGAGAAGUUAGUUUCCGAUUUGGCAUCUCUACAUGUGUGCGGCAAUGGAACGGACAUGGUAAAUGGAAAAAGACUAAACGUAAACGCAUAGGGCGCAAAUGCACAGGCUGGUACUUCACCACCAUGACGACAUUGUAUAUAUCUCGCUAA